AUGUUCGACUUUGACUCAAGCUUGGAGAUGCACCAGCUAGCUUGCGACUAUGCCAAAGGUCUUCACCUGCACAGUCUUGAUGGCUACGAUUACUUCGCAGUAACUGAACCCGGUUCCACGAGAACCGAUGACGACCGCCGAGGCAUGUGGGAGCUUAUCCAAACGGAUCUCUUCUACCACUUGAUUUACAACAAGCCGGCAAAGCUGUUCCGAAGUCUUGACAGCUGGCAGGUCAACUUGCCGUGGCUCUCGCUCGACUCGACUCCGAACAACGAUGCGCCAGUGCCAACCAUUGCAUUUCUCGUCCGCAGCCGACUUACCUUCGUUCUGAUCCAUUUUUUUCAGAUGAUCAAAACGCUUGAUAACGAAUCUGAAGCUGUAAAUUCUAUUGAGCCUCUUUGUCACGAGAUCGAGUCGCUACUCGAAGAAUGGAGGAUCGAGGACUGGGUUCAACGAUCUGCACACGAAAAUGAUAUGAUCAACCUGUGGAUUCUGGGGGAUCUACUGCUCAAUGGCUACACCUGCAUCAUCUUCAUGCUUCGAAAGGCGACACUCCUCAAGACGAACUCGCCUAAUCCGAUCUCCUCCGAUGAUAACAUACCAAAGACAGACCUAUCGACCAGGAUAUCACGUCGGAUCCUGGAGCUUACCUAUCUCAUGCUGCAUGUCUGGAGGUUCCCUGCAGCUGAGGCCAUCUCGUACAUCUUGGGCGCUUACCGGGCUCACAUUGCAUACGCCCACAUCGCCAGCAAUAUGAUCAACUCUCCGGGUCUCGAGGAGGAUGCGACUGCCGAUUUGGACUUGCUAGACCGCGUUGCGCAGAGUAUCGAGACAGCAGCUCAGGAGGAGUGCGAUUUUGCACCUUUGGUGAGAGUGAUGAAGAAGAUCAACGCAGAAGUCCGGGAGCAUGUCACCGGCGUCGCUGGUGAUUAG